CCUCACUCUCCUGUAGUCUGCGGCUGUUCCAUCUGUGCUGAGAAGUACCCGUGGGCAGCUAUAUCAAAGCCAUGGACCAGAUCAAUAAUAUUCAGGUCGUUCCCUGCACCAAUUCUCAUUAUCUGAGACCGUUUAGGGUGCAUUAUAACCAGAAUGGAACAAAGAAGUCGUGGGACUUUAUGCAAACCCAUGAUAGUGUCUCCGUUCUGAUUUUCAACACCACAUCACACUGUUUCAUCCUGGUCAAGCAGUUUCGCCCAGCUGUAUACAUGAGUGAAUGGGAGCGGAGCAAACCGAAGCCCCCGCAACCUGCAGAAGAAGGAUCUGCAGAAGCCACAACAGCAGAACCCAAAGUCCCAGAGGAAAACCAAGCAGGGGAGACAAGCGAAGACACGUCAAGCCAUCCUGACCAACCUCCGGCUUCGGCAGGUGUGACCUACGAGCUGUGUGCUGGCUUGGUGGACAAACCUAAUCUCUCUUUGGAGGAGAUUGCCAGGCAGGAGAUACUGGAAGAGUGCGGCUUUGAUGUGCCGGUCACCAAGCUGAAAAAGAUCACGUCAUACAGGUCGGGUGUUGGAGUGACUGGAUCCAAGCAGACCAUGUUCUACGCGGAGGUGUCAGAUGAAAAUCGUGUAGGAGAAGGAGGGGGUAAACCAGAGGAGGGAGAAUUGAUCGAGGUGGUCAAAGUUCCCCUUCAUGAAGCAAUGACCUUCGCCUUUGACGAGAGUAUCCCAAAAACAAUGGGCGUAAUUUUUAGCUUCAUAUGGUUCCACAACAACAUGUCACAAAAGUAUAAGAUCUCCACCAAUGUGUAAUAACAAUUUCAAGCCCCCUUCUCCGUUAUUAUGUACUUUUUUAUAUAUUGUAUUCAAAAGUGUUCAUUUGUUUUAGUUGUUUCUUACACUGUUUGUUGUGGUUCUGGUUAUUGUCUUAUUUUAAACUAUGGUUUAUCAACACUUGUGCUAUCCACACAUCCCCACAGGUUAACAUAGAACUGAGUGGAGGAUCAUUGUGAGUUUGUUUUGUGUAAUUGAAUGCUUUGUUUUGAAUACGUCAGGAAUUCCAACCAACCAUUUGAUGCAUCUUUUUGACAUCACACCCUGGCCCUUAAAGACUUUGUAAUGGUGAUCUACUCCUCUUUAACUUGAGAAGGCAAUAUUUAAAAGGCCUUGUUGAUACCAUCUCACUUGGAGAGGAUUAGGGAGAAGAUCUCCGUCCCGGAUCAUUUACAAACAAAGCUGUGCGAUGUGGCCAGAAAGUGAGCCCGCUAGCCGUUUUCCCAUCAGUUUGCCGAAAUACCAAUAGGAGAAAAAUUGCACAGAAAAAUGGCGAAUAAAUAAUUCGUUAAUGUGAUUAUAUGUAGACAACAUACAGGCAGCUACCCAACUUGAGAGAACUUGAUAGCCGCUACUGUAAACAAUCGCUUGCUGAAAAUUAAAAAAUGAAGCUCUAGCGUACAGUAUAUUGUAUCUCAGGUCCAGAGCUAACAUGUUUUGUGACAUUCAGGUUAGUUAGAAUGCUGAAAAAUAUCCAUUGAGUGUAUAAAAUACAUGGUAGAUGUACCAUUAUAGUCCUACAAGUUAAAGCUGCUGUACCAUAAUCGACAAAACACUUUUAGGGGACUUUUAGAAAAACGCAAAGUGAUAUUUUCACAAUAUGAUACAUGGGGCAGUUUCUGGGACAUGGUCUAGAUUAAUCCAGGACUACGCCUAAGUUAUAUUUGGAAAUGUAAGUUGUUUUUACAAGCAAACCUUACAAAAAACAUUACAGGUGUGCAUCUUGACACAAAACCAAAGCACUGAUAUAUGUUUAGAUAUGUCAAUGCAAGGUGUUUGUAAAAUUAAGGCUCAAUCAUGCAUUUUAGGCUGGGACUAGGAUAAGCCUUGUCCACCAGGAUACCACUCCAUUAGCACUUUUGGUGCGCAUCCGAGUCCAUUUCACAUCAGAGUUUGGUUUGUUUGGAUGAUACGAAGCCCGGUGUGCACCCGCGAACUGCACCCAAGUCCGCCUAAAAAAGGUGGUCUGGGGUACGGUAAGGUUUGCUGCUGAUAUGAACACAAUCUUACUAAUUUGUGUAAGUGAACCGCUAUUAAUGCGUGUGGUUGGUGGACAGCCCACUUUAUUUUGUACAGUUUAAAUACUUUUGCAGUUUAAAUACUUUUUAUUUAUUCUUUGAAAACAAAACCAAAUGUUUAAAUAAAGGUCAAUGAGGACACGAACAACUCUGUCCAUUUGGCGCUUUCUCUUUUAUAGCCGCUGCCUUAGCAACAUCAGUAAAUGGCUGCAGCUUGAUGACGCAAGUGUACCGCGGUUCAGAACAAAAUAUUACAAUGUGAACAGAGACCAGCGGGGGAAGAGGGGACCAGGCAAUCAAACCUAAUAUGAAACCACCCUUAGUGUCAGAAAGAGUGGCUGAUAACCUCCUGAAGUCAUAAGUACUUCUAAAAUCUUAUGAAUUUCUUACUUGAAAAUCAUUUGUAUUUUGGUCUGGUUCAGAAAAAAAUCUAAAUAAUUAUUUUAAUUAAACUUUUUUAUGACUAAGUGUUAAUACAUCACUGUAAUAUUGUGUCUAACUUCAACUGAAAUAUCUGCAUUAGUUUCUUUAAAACAAUAUAACUCAAUAUAAUUAGGUUGACAGCUUUUUUUUCACAGAAGUUUUAAAUUUCCAGCUGGCCUUCAUGUGAUUGGAUAAUGAGAGCAAUUGUAAACAUAAAGUCUUAUUUUGUGCAUUUCUAAUCAAGAUGAGAACAGGAGAAGACUUACUCAUGUUAAGUAUUUGAGGAGUUUGGUUCCAAAAUGAGAUGAUUGAUAAAAUUUUGGUCAAAACAUGUAUAUUAUUAUGUUAUCAUGUUUGUAUUGUGGGGUUUUUUUGUGCUACUUAGCUGUAUUUUUUAGUUAUGAAGGCUUAAAGGGACACUCCACUUUUUUGAAAAUAGGCUCAUUUUCCAGCUCCCCUAGAGUUAAACAUUUGAUUUUUACCAUUUUGGAAUCCAUUCAGGCGAUCUCCAGGUCUGGCGGUACCAAUUUUAGCAUAGCUUAGCACAAUCCAUUGAAUCUGAUUAGACCAUUAGCAUCACUCUAAAAAUAACCAAAGAGUUUCAAUAUUUUUCCUAUUUAAAACUUGACUCUUCUGUAGUUACAUUGUGUACUAAGACGGACAGAAAAUUAAAAGUUGCAAUUUUCUAGGCAGAUAUGGCUAGGAACUAUACUCUCAUUCCGGUGUAAUAAUCAAGGACUUUGCUGCCAUACCAUGGCUGCAGCGAGCGCAAUGAUAUUACGCAGUUCCCAAAAAUAGUCCCCUGCUAUUGAAAGUUACCAAGGGGUGUUUUUUUUGCGCACUGCGUAAUAUCGCUGCGCCUGCCGGAGCCAUGGUUCGGCAGCAAAGUCCUUGAUUAUUACACCGGAAUGAGAGUAUAGUUUCUAGCCAUAUCGCCUAGAAAAUCAAAACUUUAAUUUUCCCUUUGUCUUAGUACACUAUUUUCAAAAAAAAGUGGUGUCCCUUUAAAUCAAAACAAACCAAGUGCAGUUUGAUUGAUAAUAAUUGGAAUGCACAAUCAAAAAACGAGAGUUAUCUUAACCAAACUCCUCACUUUUGUACAAAGAGUUUCUGUUCUGUUGAAGGGUUUUACAAGGAUAACGUUGUGCUGAAAAGUUGAGCAUUUGUUUUCGGUUGAGAACAGACUCGAUGAGCAUCACAGUAUCUUACAUGUUGGUAUAAUCAGAAUUUUGACAUUUUUAUUGAAAUUCUGGAGACUUGAUCAUCAUCCGCUUUAACCUGACAUUGAGUAUUGUUUAAUAAAAAGGUGUUUUGUGUAACCAGUGUCUAUAACUGAUUCAAGCUUAAAUAUUAAAAUAGCAAAGCAAAACAGAAAAGAACAGCUUAAUUUUAUGCGUAUUCAACUUAUUCUGUGUACACACCAGAAGCUAAUUAAAUAUUACAAAGAUUACAUACAAAGUCAAUGCAAAGAUGCAAUAGACACACGUUCGUGCAGGGCAAUGCAGAUGACGCAAAUUGAGCAGCGCAACUGCAGCCAACAUAACCUAUUUGCCUCUGUGCAAGUUUAAAAUAAUCAACUCAGGCAAAAAAAUUCACAUUACACGAAGUUAAAUCUUGCGAGUAAUCUUGGAACGGCAUUGGUGUGUUCACAGCAUUAAAUUUUUUUGCAUUAAAUGCUUUUUUUAAGUAUUUGUAACUCAAUGUAGUUUGUUGGAUGAACUUAAUAUCAAGAAAAGUUGUCUUAACUUAAACUUCUGCAUUUUUUUUAUAUCACUUAUAUGAAAACUGGAAGAAUUGAGAAGUUGCUUUACCCAAGACGAAUAAUUUUAGCACGAGUCUUGACAGUAAUAUUGAUGAACAAAUAUUUUUUUGUACAAGCCGCCUAAGGACAUAUAAGCCAUCUGAGCAAUCUAUUGUAGUUUAGUUUAGAUUCUCUUGCACAAUUUUACUCUACACUUGUUGCACUCAUUAUUUCAUAAUUCGUGUGGUAUUGACUUUUUUAGUGAAGGAUAUUGAAGUACGCAAAUACAUUGUUAACGCAAUUUCUUCUGUUCUUGCCAUGACAACUUAUCACCACCACAUAAAAAUAAAAUCUCUAUUCAAAGAGUAUCUUUUUGUAAGACAUUCUCUCUUUCUUGUGACUGUACUCUAGUCUAUAUUCUGUUGUUACAACUUUGAUGAUCAAUACAGAUGGUCAGUAUGCUAAUUCACAACGGUCAUUUUCAUAUAAGCAUAAUUAAAGUGUUGUGUAGAGGUGUUGGUCAAAAAUUGUGUUUUUGCGAGUGUCCCGUCAGAUUAUGAGACUAUGGAAAGAAAAUUUGGAAGUUGGUUGAGGUAUGGGGAAAACAUUUUUUUCUUGCUUUUCCAUCUUUGGAGUUUUAUUUAAAGUAUGCAAAUGAGAAUUAGGCAGUGGUUUUGUUAGUUGUUAUUCUCUCAAGAGCAUAUUUAAUUUCAUAAUGCCUCAGAUAUCAUCUCUCAUCUUCUUACUAAUCUCUUAUAAAAUCAUGUUUCUGAACUUUGAACUUGUUUGAGUGUUUUGUACAUUAUCUCAGGAUAGGGCUUUGGUUGUUCGAAAUAAUAAAUUAUUGUUUGAUAAUAAUUGUUUAAUAUUUAUUGUAAAACUUAUCGUUGAUUUAUUGUCAUGUGCCACUGUUACUAAUGCUUGGUUUUUAGACUCAGUAUUUCUACAGAGGUGUUGUUUUAAUCACUAAUGUCUUUAUAUCUUUUAUUUUAUAUCUCACAGCCUUUGUUUACAGAUUUUUUUAAUGGCACCUCAAGCAAAUAUAUAUUUCAAAUACGUAAUAUAUAUAUGCAAAAAUGUAUCUUUUGAAUAUAAAAAAUGUAAAUGAUUAUUUCAGAAAUGAAGUAUUGCAUGUGCAUCUGUAUUAUAUUAAUCUGCAUUCAGUUUCAAUGAAUAAAAAGGUCUGAUGCCUUAGA